AUGAGAAUUGCAAUAGUGGCCUUGCUCAUAUCGCUCUGGGCAGUCACAACCAUAACCCUUGCUAAGCCCAUCGGGGAUGAGAGCCCAGAUGGGCACGUUGCCAUGAAGGUGCAGCGCGACGUCGCCGGCUGGAUCUGGGAUCACAAGCCCACGGGCACCAAGGAGCGGCCACACAAAUGCCCACACAACCCUUGCAUAACCGCCUGCGAGAUUUGGGCGGUACUGCUGUCCUUCGGAAUCAGCUGUGUUAGCUGCCAGUCUGUUCAUAGCCAUUGCUUCUACAAGGAUUGA